GCUUGAGAUCGUGAGUUCGUCCGGUAGCCUAUAGUUCGCCCACACCUUGUGCUUUUGGGAUAAGUGCAAUGGAGACUUCACGGUCGUGCGUCUGAUCCAUUCUCUCCAGGGGCAUGUUGGCGUAGAUGAUGCUGUCCGAUCCACAGGUUACACAAUGCAUGGCUCGUGAAAUGGAAUGCAGAGUAUAAAUCAGCGUGAUUCCCCUGUCCCUGUUCAUUUCUGCGUCAGUCAUUCAUUCGACUUUCUGUUGAUUGUGAUGCGCGUCCUCGUCGUCCUUCGAUAGAUCAUCAUGCUCAAGUCAGCACUGUCUUUGGCCUUCAUGGCAGCUUCUUGUCUAGCUGUUGACCCUGCUGCGGUCUACACUGGCGGAUACUCCGGGGGCAGCGUUCGCCUCCGGAUUGGCAAUGGAGGAGCUGGCCAAAGUGGCUUGAUCAGGGCUCUCGCCGAUGCCUUCAUCCAGUCCAGCGUCAAGAACGGCUCCGACCCAUUCAAAGUCGCCUGGUACAAGAGCGACACCACCGAGUCCAUCAACUACCUCAAGGAUGACACCAUCGAUGUUGGCAUCACCUAUACCCCCGCUGCUGAAGAGAUCGCCAUCAAGCAGGGUGUCGCCAAAAGCCCUGCAUGGUACGCCUGGCGCGACCACUUUUUGCUAGUUGGACCACCCUCCAACCCGGCCGGACUCAACAAGGCCGACGACAUCAAAACCAUGUUCUCCAACAUCUACGCCGUUGCAUCGGCAGGCGACGCCGCCAACGUCACCACUCCCGUUCGCUUCCUGACGCGCUAUGACAAGUCAGCCACCAACAUCAAGGACUCCCAGCUGUGGAUUGAGAUCGGACAGGUCCCUUGGGCGACCAAGUACUCCACGUGGUAUCAUCAGUACAUUGCCUAUCCUAUUCAAGCCCUGACUGCGGCCAUUCUCCUCGAGGAAUACACCAUCACCGACCGCGGUACCUACCUGUCUAUUGACCAGGCACUUGCCAACAAGACCACCAUCUACAAGGCUGCCACCGACGACCCUGCCGAUCCUCUGCUCAAUCCCGCACAUAUGCUUGUCGGCAAGAAGGCGAGCAACAUGGAGAUGGCUGACAAAUUCACCCAGUGGGUGAUCAGUGCCGAAGGUCAGGCUGUCAUUACUGGCUUCAAGAAGAACGGAGAGCAGUUGUAUACUGCUGCGCCUGCUAACAAAACUGCUCCUUUUAAGCUCUAAAGUGGCGAGGGA